GAAGCCUUUCCAUAGCAAUCAUUCAUUUCAUUUCAUCAGAUAGGAAGCUUAUUAUUAUUUGCAGGCUUUGUUUCCUGUUCCUUGUUUCUUCAGUUCAAACAGAAUGAGUUAUAACAAUCAGCAACAAGCCCCUGUUGAAGCUCCUCCUCUACAUGGGUAUCCUCCAGCUGGGUAUCCACAGACUUACCCUCCACCCCCACAGGAUGGUCCUCCAGCUGGGUAUCCUCAGGAGGGUUACGCUCCUCAAGGAGGACCCCCACCUGAGACAAAAUCUAGAGAAGAAGAUGGCUUUUGGAAGGGAUGUUGUGCUGGCCUUUGCUGCUGCUGUGCGUUGGAAGAAUGCUGUUGCUGUUUUUAGGGACAGUCAAUGGGUGUAUAAAGAUAUAUAUAGUUUUGCUUUGGGACUGUACUGCAGUCAUAUUCAUUUUAUUUUAUUGAAUUUGCUUCUCUUAGAGGAUUCUUGGACUUGAUUAUUUAUUGGAGUAUAUCUCCAACAUAUGUUUAGUAGAAUAAAAUAUUUAAAUUUAAGAAAA